AUGCCUAUUGCAGUUGGAAUUGAUAUUGGAAAUAGAAAUAUUACUGUUGCAGUAGUACGUAAGAAAGGAAUUGAUAUUGUUGUUAAUGAAGUCUCUAAUAGACAAACCCCAACAUUUGUAUCAUUUAAUGAUAAAGAAAGAGCUAUUGGAGAAGCUGGUUUUAGUUUGUAUCUUAGAAAUGUAAAAAAUACAGUUGUAGAUGUUAAAAGACUUAUUGGAAGACAAUAUGAUUGUCCAGAUGUUCAAACAGAAUUAAAAGAAUUACCAUAUCAAACAGUUAAAUUAGAAGAUGGAAUGAUUGGAAUGAAAGUGAUGAUGAGAGGAGAACAAAAAGUAUUUAGACCAGAACAAAUUAUUGCAAUGUUAUUAAUUCAAAUUAAACAAUUUACUGAAGAAUAUACUAAAGACAUUUUUACUGAUUGUGUUAUUUCUGUUCCUGGUUAUUUCACUGAAAAUCAAAGAAUUGCAAUGUUAGAUGCAGCUAAAAUUGCUGGUAUUUCAUGUUUAAGAUUAAUGAAUGAACAUACUGCAACUGCAUUAGCUUAUGGUAUUUAUAAAACUGAUUUAAGUGAAACUGAGCCACGUCCAGUUGUUAUUUUAGAUGUUGGACAUUGUAAUACUACAUGUUCAGUUAUUUCUCUUCUUAAAUCUAAAAUGAAAGUUCUUGCUGUUGAAUAUAAUUGGAAACUUGGAGGACGUAAUUAUGAUGAAGCACUUGGACAAUUUGUCAGAGCAGAUAUUCAACAAAAAUGGAAAAUUGAUCCAAUGAAUAAUUUAAGAAUGUGGAAUAGAAUUUUAUCAGGAAUUGAAAAGUCUGUUAAGAGAGUUAUUUCUAGUGGAAGUCCAAAAGCCAUAUUAAAUCUUGAUACUUUAUAUGAAGAAAGAGAUUAUCAUAUGGAAUUCACUCGAGAAAAAUUUGAUGAAUUAACUUGUCAUCUUAAUAAUGAAAUUAUUGAACUUAUAAAAAGAACUAUUACAAAGGCUGGUAUGACUAUUGAACAAAUUCAUUCAAUUGAAAUUACUGGUUCUGGUACUAGAUUAAAUACUCUUCAAGACGCUAUAGUUAAGACUCUUAACAAACCAUUAUCUAAAACAAUUAAUUGUGAAGAAUCUAUUGCACGUGGAUGUGCUAUUGCAUGUGCAGAAUUACAACCAUAUUUCAAAGUAAGAGAUUAUGUUGUUGAAGAUAUUCCACCAUAUGAAAUUAAUAUGGGAUUCAAGACUGAUAAUAAAACUGUUGCACCAAUGAAAUUUAUUUCUAAAGACUCUUCAUUCCCAAUUACUAGAGUUCUUAAAAUUAAAGAUGCUAAUGGUCUUCAUGUAGAUGUUAACUAUAGUGAUAAUAAUGUUUUCUUCCCAGGAACUUUAAAUUCUGGAAUUACUCUUGAUGUUUUAGAAUUACCAAAAGCCCAAACAAAAACACCAGAAUUAAAAUUAAGAAUUGCCUUAAAUAAAAGUGGAAUUUUAGAACUUGUAGAUGCUUUAUUAUGUGAACAAGUAGAAGAAGAAGUAGAAGAAAAAGAAGUUAUUGAAGUACCUGAAGAAGUUAAAGAAGAACCAAAAGCUCCUGUACAAGCUGAAACAGAAAAGAAAGAAGAACCAAAAGCUCCUGUACAAGCUGAAACAGAAAAGAAAGAAGAACCAAAGAAAAUGGAAGAAGAAAAACCAAAAGAAGAAAAGAAAGUUAAAAUGGUAAAGAAGACAAUUACUAAAAAAGUAAAGAAAAUGGUAAAUAAAGAAUAUCCUGUUAAAGUUAAUGUUCAUAGUGUUGGUAUGUGUGAAAAAGAUAUUAGUAAAUAUCUUGCUGAAGAAGCUCAAAUGCAAGUUGAUGAUAAAUUAUUUAUUGAUACUGCUCAUGCUAAAAACAAUUUAGAAGCUUUUGUAUAUUCUAUGAAAGAUAAAUUAUUAUUUGGUUGUUUAGCUGAAUUCACAACUGAAGAGGAGGCUUCAAAAAUUUCAAAUGAAUUAGAAAAAUAUGUUGAUUGGUUGUAUGAAGAUGGAGAAAAUGAAACAAAGAGUGUUUAUUUGGCAAAACUUGCUGAGGCUGAAAAAUUAGUUAAACAUAUCGUUGCAAAGAAAGAAGAGAAAGAAAGAAAAAUUGCAGAAGAAAAAAGAAAGAAAGAAGAAGAAGAGAAAAAGAAAAAAGCAGAAGAAGAAGCUAAAAAGAAAGCAGAAGAGGAAAAGAAAAAAACUGAAGAAAAACCAAAAGAAGAGUCAAAGAAAAUGGAAGAAGAAAAAACAGGUGCUUCAGAACCACCUCCAGUACCUAAAUAA